UUGUUUUCGUGUUUCCAAAAUUUCCGAAUAUUUGAUAUUAAAAAUGGGCUCUAUCUUCUUAUUGCAACUUAUCGUGCUAGCCAGAUGGAUUUGCAGUGUUGUUUACAUGAAUGAAACAUAAUUCAUCACAAUUUUUAAACAGGUUGAGUGUGGGAGCAAUGAUCAUAACUUUCAGUCAGCUAUCACUAUGAUCUCAUUUAUGUUGGUUUAUAACAAGUUGACUUCGUGCCGUGUUUGAUCUGAAUUCUGAGUUGUGUUCUUAUUGCAGCUUGCCGCCCAGCCUUAGCUUGUGGUGGAAAUAUGCGCGUGCACGAAGAUAAAUCCACUGGACAGUUUUCUGAGUAGCCUAUGUAGCCUAGACUUUUUGGCUGAUUAAUAAAAUCGCCGCUCCUGGAUAACACGUCUGGACCAUUACUCGGGGCCACGUUUGGAAUGUGGCUUUGGUGAUUGCGAAACAUGUUUUAGAGUGGCUGUCCACUUUUCAAUAAACAGGAACAGAGGCUUAAUACAUCACAUGCUGACUCAAGAGGAGGGAGCAAGUUCUCGCUCCAUUCUCCAGACUACACUGCGAAGAGAGCUUGUCCAUCGACUCAACGUUUCCGAAAAUUGAAACAUGAACUGAGCACUUCGUAUCUGUCAGUGGCAUGCUGUUGUGAAUGAGCGAUGGAGGAGGUGGACCCAGAGGAGCAGUUCCUCCGAGAUGCCAGGAAUGGGAACCUGCAAGGCAUCCAGAGACUCCUCAUGUCCAAGAUCAAGGAGGAGACCAAGCUUGACAUCAACUGCAAAGGGAAGAGCAAGUCAAACCUGGGCUGGACACCUCUCCAUCUGGCCUGCUACUUUGGACACAAAGAUGUGGUGGAGGAACUGUUGAAGGCGGGAGCUGAAGUAAAUUUGCCCAACAAUGUUGGAGACACCUCUCUUCACAAAGCCGCCUUUACUGGGAGGAAGGAGGUGGUGAUGUUACUGUUGAAGUACAACGCUUGUCCGACUACCAUCAAUGGGACUGCUCAGAUUCCCAAAGACGUCACCCAGAAUGAGGAGAUCAAAAGCAUGUUGGAAGCUGCUGAGAGGACAGAGGAGAGAAAACUGGAAGAGCAGCUCUUGGAGUCAGCGAGAGAAGGGACUGUGUCUAAGCUAACCCAACUGUUGAAUAGGAAGAAGCCACCUGACAUUAAUUGCACAGACUUGCUUGGGAACACGCCUCUGCACUGUGCGGCUUACCGAGGGCAAAAGCAGUGUGCCCUGAGACUCUUGCAGAGUGGAGCCAACCCCAACAUCAAGAACAAAAAUGAUCAAACCGUGUUUGACCUUGUCAGUGAUCAAGAGAUGAGACAGGUCUUGGAGGGCACCAUGAAAAAAAGCAUGACCCGACAUGUUCAAAUGUUUGAAGGGCCUCUUUUAAAGAGCUCCCGUUUCUUUGGGUGGCGUGCCUAUUGGGUCGUUCUUCAGGAUGGAGUGUUGUCAUGGUACCCCAAACAGUCAGAUGCAACAACCUCAAGCAAUAGGCAAGGCUGCAAGCCCUUAACACAAGCCAAUUGCAUGAUCAAAGCCAAGGAUAACUGUCAUUUUACGGUGAAGUGUUUCGAUGACAGUCUCCAUCAUUUCAAAGUGCUGCCAAAGCACGACCCAGAAGCAACCAGAAAACGAUGGCUGGACGCCUUGGAGGAGCAUUCGGCCUUCAGCACACACUACCACACCCAGGAGCAGGCCAGUGAGGAGGAGGAAGAGGCCGAGGUCAUGUCCCUGAGCGAACUCACCGACUCGUUGCAGAGAGCUGAGACAUACCAUAAGAGGCUGGAGACAGAAGUAUUAUCCUUCCUCUCUAUGGUGAAAGACAACGGACUGGCUGAAAGGCUUCCUGUUGGCAUGGUGCAGAAAGUGCGGGACAUGUGCGAGCUUUCCAACGACACGUGUUCCUCUCUGCGUCAGUGUGUCAAUCUGUUCUCCAAACAGGAAGGGGCGCGGAGCCAGAGGCUGGAACAGGAAGUGGAGAAGAACAAGAUCCUAUCGGAGGCUCUGCAGACUCUGGCCACCGAGCACCAUGAGCUGGAACAGUCCGUGGUCAAGGGCUCGUCACAGCGCGGCGCCCUCAGUGAAGACGAGUUCUACGAUGCCCUCUCUGACUCCGAGUCCGAGUGCUCGCUGAGCGGCUUCGAGACGCUGGCCAGCCACUCUGUCGACGAGGACGAGAUCAACAGCGAGGAAGAGGACGAAAGCUCAGAGCUCUUCCGCAGCACACGCAGCCGCCCGGUCACCAGGAUGUCGCAGGAGGAUCGCCGCGGCGAUGAGGAGGACGAGGAGGCAAGGCCCAAUGGCGUGAGGAGGCAUAGGUCGACUUUGCCAGCACCCAUGUUCUCCAGAAAUGACUUCAGCAUCUGGAGUAUUCUUCGAAAAUGCAUUGGAAUGGAGCUGUCUAAGAUCACCAUGCCUGUCAUCUUUAAUGAACCCCUCAGCUUCCUUCAGAGGCUAUCUGAGUACAUGGAGCAUACGUACCUCAUCCACCAGGCCAACACCUCCACGGACUCCAUCGAGAGGAUGAGGUGUGUGGCAGCGUUCGCUGUGUCUGCGGUCGCUUCUCAGUGGGAGAGGACGGGGAAGCCAUUCAACCCCUUGCUGGGGGAGACCUACGAGCUUGUCAGAGAGGACCUGGGCUUCAGAUUGAUGUCGGAGCAAGUGAGCCACCACCCUCCAGUGAGUGCCUUCCAUGCUGAGGGGCUCCAGAAAGACUUUGUGUUCCACGGCUCCAUCUACCCCAAGCUCAAGUUCUGGGGAAAGAGUGUGGAGGCUGAGCCCAAAGGCGCCAUCACCCUAGAGCUUCCUAAACAUAAUGAAGCUUACACCUGGACUAAUCCUACGUGUUGUGUACACAACAUCAUUGUUGGUCAACUGUGGAUCGAGCAGUAUGGUAAUAUGGAGAUAAUAAACCAUCAAACUGGGGAAAGAUGCCAUCUAAAUUUCAAACCUUGUGGGCUCUUUGGCAAAGAGUUGCACAAAGUUGAAGGCUACAUCCUUGACAAAAGUAAAAAGAAGCUGUGCAUGCUGUAUGGCAAGUGGACAGAGUGUUUGUACACAGUGGACCCCGCAACAUUUGAGGCCCAAAAGACCAAUGACAAGAAGGCGGCAGAGGAAAAGAGCAAUAAAUCGGGUGCGGGCGGUGAGUCGGAUGCCAGUCCGUUACCUGAGAGCGACACCGUGGCGGCGAUCCCUGGCAGCCAGCUACUGUGGAGGAUAGCGCCCCGGCCACCGAACUCAGCACAGAUGUACAGCUUUACCAUGUUUGCCAUGCAGCUGAACGAGUUGGAUAAGGAGAUUGAGGAAGUAAUCCCCAAGACCGACUGCAGACUGAGACCAGACAUUCGGGCCAUGGAAAAUGGAGACAUCGACUUGGCAAGUGAGGAGAAGAAGCGGUUGGAGGAGAAGCAGAGAGCAGCACGUAAGAAACGCUCCCAGACAAACGAGGAAUGGAAGACUAAAAGCCCUGCCCUCGGCCCCAGAUGGUUUCACCAGGGUCCGAACCCCCAUAACGGAGCUCAGGACUGGAUCUUCUCCAGUGGCUACUGGGACAGGAACUACAGCCAGCUGCCUGAUAUUUACUAACAAACUCGACAAACACAAAUUUUCUGUCUUUUUUUGUAGGUGGUUAUCUAUGCAUGCUAGACACAGCUAUUUUUACAUGCCUAAUAACAUUCCAAAACUGUUAAUGCUGCUGUCCAUCAGUGUUGCACUGCUGUGAAUGGAGAUGACCGCAGCAUUGUGAAAGCAAUACUUCUAGAUUUAACUUUUUAUCCGGCUAUAAUGUAGCUGUAGGUGUUUUCUUCCCCCUAUGUUUAAACUGUUUUGUUUUCCUUUAGCCUUGUUUUUUUUUUUAAGGGAUAUGACAAUGAUGAGGAUUGUGAAAAAAAAUGUAUCCAAGGGCCCUGUUGUUACAAGAUCAUAUUUAAAUGUACUGUACUUGAAUUCGAGCAAAAUUAUUACAGCAAAUGAGUAUUAUAUUCAGCAGUGCUCUUCCAGCUUGUGGCAAGUGAGCAGAUUUAAUGUCAUCGUCAGAGUAUUGGUUUUAUUUGGGACUUCAGUCAACAACCAGAGAGUUGAUCUUGAGCUGUGAUUCUUUCUCAGUGCUACAGCUCUAUGCUCCUUUUUUACUUGUGAAAAGCAAACAGUAUAUACAACCUGACCUGUAGGUCUAUGAUCUAAUGUGCUGAGCUGAUCCUGGCUAGGUUGUGGGAUGGUGUCAGUGUCUGUUGUUGAAGCUGCUUUUCAUUUUAUGAGUCUGACACCACCAUGUGGCCAGACGUGUGCUGUUGGAUAUGUGCGGGCAUAUUGAACUCUUCAUACAUGGUUUCACAAAUGUUUAGAUAUGUCAGACUUUUCUUUGUUUUGGUGUUCCUUGGUCUGCUUUUCUACUGCUGUGUUCAUGUAUUUCUGUAAUUUCACCAGCCAUAUUUGUGGACGCUGGACACCACCAUUCUUCUAUGAAUGUCAGUUGCAUCAAGGUGGUGAUUACCCUUAGAUAUGGUCAUCUCAAUUACUUGCACUGCGGAUCUGUAGAUUUGCCUUACCUUGGCCCUUAAAUUACCGAUUACGCAAAUUACAAUAAAGGGCCCAGUAUUUCAAACUAGAGGUCACAUUUUUGCUAAAGCUGUUGCUAAGUGAAAUAAGUCAUGUUACUUUACUUUGUAAAAAGUGUGAAAAUGUGAGUCUGUUAUUACUAACCUCGGGAGGUAGUCAGUACUUUUUUUUUGUCAUUUCUGUACAUUAAGUGCAUCUGUGUGCUGUGUGUUGUGCAGCCUGGACAUGACAUGAGUGUAUGUUUGUAAUGAAGAGAGUAUGAGUGGAAAUUGCUAUAACCAAGUGACCUUCUGAACGAAUGUAAGAAAAAGUGUUAGAUAUCAAUAACUCUUGUUUGGAUAAUGUCUUGCUUUUUAACCAUAAAAAGUACAAAACACCAAUGAUCUGCUGAUAUAAAUAAUGUUACUGAUGACCCAUGAAUAUGUUUACUUUAUGUAUAGAUAUAUUUGGGAGAUGUCUUAGAUGUGUGAGGUCUUAUCUAUGUAUUUGUUUGGCAAGUUUGUGAAUAUGGACUGUCUUCAUAUACAAGUCACUAAAUAAAUCAUUUAACAAUU